AUGGCUUACGUUCGGAUAAAGCCACCCAGAACGUGUUCUUCCAACGACCCGUCUUCUGUAACGACUCCAUACACAUCUACGGUGCUUACUGCCGCCGAACAUAAUCUUGUACGGCACCCGCCUUAUCAUCACAAUGUCCCUCUCAAUACACUCUUGGAUUGUCGUACCCGAAAAAAGUCUCCUCCCCGCGCAAAAAAUUUAUGGCUUAUUUUCCGAAUAGCUUUCGCAAGCAAUCUGCGUGCCAAAUUCCCCGGGAAAUCCUACGAUCUUAAAGAAAUAUCAAAGAUGGCUAGUGAAGACUGGAAACGUCAGCCCUUUACGGUAAAGCGCUAUUUUAACGCACUUUCCAAGUUGGCUUUGCAGCGCCAUAAAACUGUACAUCCCGAAUAUACUUACAAACCGAGAGGGAGAAGACAGAAAAAGAAAUCCCAAUUAUUGUUUAUCGAGGUAAACGAAGAUAAGAUCAUGACGCGUAGGAGCUAUAAUAAGAACGCAAACCGAAAGCAAGAGAACAGAACAGACGAUUGUGGAGAAGUUUGCGAUGGGGAGGUUGAGAACGAGUGCGGGAAUGUGCAUGACGAUAUCGGUGAGCAAUAUCAAUCAGAGACGAGUCAAGCUGUUGCUGAGCAAUAUCCCGUAAAUCAGAUUAUAUCUCAGUCAAUGAAUGAUGUUAUCUCUGAGACUUGUCAGACGGUCGAUCAGGUCAUUCCCGAGGAGUCGUACCAGACAGAGGAUCAGGUCAUCUCUGGGUCAUAUCCGCCAGUAGAUCAGGGCAUUUCUGGGUCGUAUCAGCCAACAAGUCAAUCGGUCGUUGAAUGGGAUCAGCUAAUAUUUCCAAUGAGCUACAUUAUCGCCGAGCAGUCUCCUUUGAAUCAAUAUCCAACUGAACAAUAUCCAGCAAAUCAGGUUAUUAUCGAACACCAUACGGUGAAUCAUGAUCUCGCUUGGCAGUAUCAGUCAGACAUGAAUCAAAUUAUGGCUGGUCGGCAUCGGUCGCCGAUUGAUCAGACUGUGCUUGAACAAUAUCUACUGGAUCAGGUUAUCGAUGAUCAAUAUCCGCUGGACAAUCUUAUACUUGAGCAGGUAAUAGCUGAGCAGUAUCAGAAACAACCCAUUACGGAACAAUAUCUGCUUGAUCAGGAUGAGUUUAUACUGAGGCAGUAUCCUGUGGAUCAGGAUAAUUGCAUGAAUUACAUACCGAGGGAUCAAUUAGGUCAGGUGAUCUAUCCGUUACAUAAUUUCAAAAACAUGUAUUAG